AUGGCGCCCAUAAGAAGACAAACGGAGGCCUUAUCCCCUAAGGUCAAAAUGAUCAAUGCUUACGACGAAUACAAGCGUGACAAUGUCAAGGUCAACUAUCGAAGCCUCGGGGACAAGUCUGUAGUUUUCGAGGACACGGUAGUAAGAUUUAUCAAGGACGAGGAUCCCAUUCUUACGUAUCAUCGACAAUCGCCUAAGAUUGCAAAACCAAAGAAGAAUCUGUACCCUCUCAACAUGCUACCAAUCGAGGACGCGCUCGCGGAGUGGUUUAGAAUGCAGCGAGACCAAAGUGAGUGA